UCCCCACGGCCCGCCCUGCCCGCCCGGCUGCAGCUCGCGGAGAGCGGAGAGCCUCUCUCUGCGUCCUCGUCCUCGUCCUCCCAGGCAGCCCACCAGACCCGGCCCUCGCUGGACGGAGACUCGCAGGCCGCAGGCAUGAGGCUGGCCGGCGCGCUGCUGCCCCUGCUGCUGCAGGCCUGCUGGGUGGCCCGGGGGGCCGCACAGGACGAGCAGGAGCCCACCAGGGCCAUCGCCUUCCAGGACUGCCCCGUGGACCUGUUCUUCGUGCUGGACACGUCGGAGAGCGUGGCCCUGCGGCUGAAGCCCUACGGGGCCCUGGUGGACAAGGUCAAGGCCUUCACCAAGCGCUUCAUCGACAACCUGCAGGACAGGUACUACCGCUGUGACCGCAACCUGGUGUGGAACGCGGGCGCGCUGCACUACAGCGACGAGGUGGAGAUCAUCAGCGGGCUCUCGCGCAUGCCGGCCGGCCGCGACGCGCUCAAGGCCAGCGUGGACGCGGUCAACUUCGGCAAGGGCACCUACACCGACUGCGCCAUCAAGAAGGGGCUGGAGGAGCUGCUGGUGGGGGGCUCCCACCUGAAGGAGAACAAGUACCUGAUCGUGGUGACGGACGGGCACCCCCUGGAGGGCUACAAGGAGCCGUGCGGAGGCGGCCUGGAGGACGCCGUGAACGAGGCCAAGCACCUGGGCGUCAAAGUCUUCUCAGUGGCUAUUACGCCCGAACUGGAGCCGCGCCUGAGCAUCAUUGCCACGGACCACUCGUACCGGCGCAACUUCACGGCGGCGCCGGACUGGGGCAGCAGCCGCGGUCGCGGGGAGGUGCGCAGCACAUCGGACCUCACGGACAUGAUCAAAAACAACGUGGAGCAAGUGUGCUGUUCCUUCGAGUGCCAGCCCGCCAGAGGACCACCAGGGCUCCGGGGCGACCCCGGGUACGAGGGAGAACGCGGCAAGCCCGGGCUCCCCGGAGAGAAGGGAGAAGCUGGAGAACCCGGACGGCCCGGGGACCUCGGCCCGGUCGGGUACCAGGGCAUGAAGGGAGAGAAGGGGAGCCGCGGGGAGAAGGGCUCCAGGGGACCCAAGGGCUACAAGGGCGAGAAGGGCAAGCGCGGCGUGGAUGGCGUGGACGGCAUGAAGGGGGAGACGGGGUACCCAGGCCUGCCAGGCUGCAAGGGCUCUGCCGGAUUCGACGGCAUUCAAGGACCCCCCGGCCCCAAGGGAGACGCAGGUGCCUUCGGACUGAAAGGGGAGAAGGGCCAGCCCGGAGCCGACGGCGAGGCCGGGAGACCCGGGAACUCGGGGCCGCCUGGAGACGAGGGCGAACCGGGAGAGCCGGGCCCCCCAGGAGAGAAAGGAGAGGCUGGUGACGAGGGGAACGCAGGACCCGACGGCGCCCCCGGAGAGAGGGGCGGCCCUGGAGAACGAGGACCCCGAGGGACCCCAGGCACUCGGGGGCCGAGAGGAGACCCGGGUGAAGCUGGACCCCAAGGCGACCAGGGACGAGAAGGCCCCACUGGCGUCCCCGGAGACCCGGGCGAGGCUGGCCCCGUUGGAGCUAAAGGUUACCGUGGCGACGAGGGUCCCCCCGGGACUGAGGGCCCCAGAGGAGCCCCAGGACCCGCCGGGCCCCCCGGAGACCCAGGGCUGAUGGGCGAAAGGGGUGAAGACGGCCCCCCGGGAAACGGCACCGAGGGAUUCCCCGGAUUCCCCGGCUACCCGGGCAGCAGGGGCCCUCCCGGGAUAAACGGCACCAAGGGCUACCCGGGCCUCAAGGGGGACGAGGGCGAAGCUGGGGACCCUGGAGACGACAACAACGACGUCUCGCCCCGAGGUGCCAAAGGAGCGAAGGGGUACCGGGGCCCCGAAGGCCCCCAGGGACCCCCGGGACACGUGGGACCACCCGGGCCGGACGAGUGCGAGAUCCUGGACAUCAUCAUGAAGAUGUGCUCUUGCUGUGAGUGCACGUGCGGCCCCAUCGACAUCCUGUUCGUGCUGGACAGCUCCGAGAGCAUCGGCCUGCAGAACUUCGAGAUCGCCAAGGACUUCAUCACCAGGGUCAUCGACCGGCUGAGCCGGGACGAGCUGGUCAAGUUCGAGCCGGGGCAGUCGCACGCCGGCGUGGUGCAGUACAGCCACAACCAGAUGCAGGAGCACGUGGACCUGCGGAGCCCCAACAUCAGGAACGCGCAGGAGCUCAAGGAAGCCAUCAAGAAGCUGCAGUGGAUGGCGGGCGGCACGUUCACGGGCGAGGCUCUGCAGUACACGCGGGACCGGCUGCUGCCGCCCACCCAGAACACGCGCAUCGCGCUGGUGAUCACGGACGGGCGCUCGGACACGCAGCGUGACACCACGCCCCUCAACGUGCUCUGCGGCCCCGACAUCCAGGUGGUCUCCGUGGGCAUCAAGGACGUGUUCGACUUCGUCCCCAGCUCCGACCAGCUCAACGACAUCUCCUGCCAACCCGGGGCGUCGCCGCAGGCCCGGCCCGGCCUCUCGCUGGUCAAGGAGAACUACGCGGAGCUGCUGGAGGACGCCUUCCUCAAGAACAUCACGGCGCAGAUCUGCAUAGAUAAGAAGUGCCCGGACUACACCUGCCCGAUCACCUUCUCCGCCCCGGCCGACAUCACCAUCCUCCUGGACGGCUCGGCCAGCGUGGGCAGCCACAACUUCGACAUCACCAAGCGCUUCGCCAAGCGCCUGGCGGAGCGCUUCCUCAGCGCGGGCAGGGCCGACCCCUCCCAGGACGUGCGCGUCUCGGUGGUGCAGUACAGCGGCACCGGCCAGCAGAGGCCGGAGCGCGCGGCGCUGCAGUUCGUGCAGAAUUACACGGUGCUGGCCAGCGUCGUGGACGGCAUGGCCUUCCUCAACGACGCCACGGACGUCACCGACGCCCUGAGCUACGUGACCCGCUUCUACCGCGAUGCCUCGCCCGGCCCGGCCAAGAAGAGGCUGCUGCUCUUCUCCGACGGCAACUCGCAGGGCGCCACAGCCGCGGCCAUCGAGAAGGCCGUGCAGGACGCGCAGCGGGCGGGCCUCGAGAUCUUCGUGGUGGCGGUCGGCCGCCAGGUGAACGAGCCGCACGUCCGCGUCCUGGUCACCGGCAAGACGGCCGAGUACGACGUGGCCUUCGGCGAGCGCCACCUGUUCCGCGUGCCCAGCUACCAGGCCCUGCUGCGGGGCGUCUUCUACCAGACCGUCUCCAGGAAGGUGGCGCUGGGCUAGCGGGCGCGCCACCACCGCCGCCAGCGCCUCCCCACCCCGUCCCCAAACAGGAAGUGAAAUGUGACCCGAGUUUUCCCGACCA